UCGUAUUCGAAAUCAGAAUCAAGUCAACACUUCUUGAGUGUGUAACAACAGUGCAACAAAUAUUUCCUUAAUUUCUUAAAUCCUUUCCGCUUAAACCAGCAAGCAUGAAGUUCGUUGUUGCCGUAGUCAUGUUGGCUCUUGCCGUUGGUGUGCACUCUUCCCUGUUGGUCCCAGGACUUGGUCCAUUGCUCGCAACUGGUCAUGGACUUGGACUUGGACAUGGACUUGGACUUGGACAUGGACUUGGACUUGGACAUGGACUUGGCCCAUGGGGUGCACCAGCUGGCCUUUGGGGUGGCAUUCCCGGCAUCUCACUUAGCCAAGGACCAGGUCUUGCCAUUGCUGCUCCUCUUGCUGCUCCACAUGCCUUGGGUCAUGGUGCAGGUGUUUAUGUAGCGAAAACUCGUGGUGCCAUACACACCGCCCCAUUGGCCGGUCACAUCAACUCGGCGACUUCUCUGAAUUUGGCACCAGCUCCAGGCACUUGGUAAACACACCGCUUGUGCGCCACCGUUUCAGCUCGUUGCCACGAGACCCACCAAGAUCACAUCAACUCUGCACACAUACAAAUAAAUACACAAUCAUUCUCUAUACAACAACUACCACAACAAAAGGACGACACUGAUGCCAAACGAAGGAUGUGAUCGCAUAACCUUAAUAUAAUUGAUAUGAAACUCCGCUCUCCGUAACCCGUUAUCCGCUACCGCAACCGCAACCGCAACCCACAUCCUGACCCGCAAUCAAUCUUAUGUGCAACUCAUACUGUCAUUAGCAUAUCUAUGCCUUUUUAUUUUAAAUAAUAUACUAUGUACAUUGUACAAACAAACAUA